AUGUGGAUCAAUAGGAGACUUGAUGAAUGGAUUAAGCUAGAUCAACUUGACCUUGAUUCCGUAGAGUGCGCCUUAGAUGAAAAAGUUGAAGACAAGGUAGCCAUUCUUCAAAUUCUCGAGCUUUACUUUCUGUAUUUCGCACUGAGCAGAGAAGUGACUAGCUUGAAGAUGACUCGACACCAGAAACGGAAGAUCGAUGAGACUCACGUAGAGGGUCAUGAAGAGCUGGAUGCUGCGAGUUUGCGUGAACAUGAGGAGUUCACGAAAGUGAAGAACAUAGCAACGAUUGAGCUUGGGAAAUAUGAGAUUGAAACAUGGUACUUCUCUCCGUUUCCGCCAGAAUACAAUGACUGCGUGAAGCUCUUUUUCUGUGAGUUUUGCCUGAAUUUCAUGAAGCGCAAAGAACAGCUUCAAAGACAUAUGAGGAAAUGUGAUCUAAAGCACCCACCUGGUGAUGAAAUCUAUCGAAGUUCUACCUUGUCAAUGUUUGAGGUAGAUGGCAAAAAGAACAAGGUCUACGCACAGAACCUCUGCUACCUCGCAAAGUUAUUUCUUGACCACAAAACUCUUUACUACGACGUUGAUUUGUUCCUGUUCUAUAUUCUGUGUGAAUGCGAUGAUCGGGGAUGCCACAUGGUUGGAUACUUUUCAAAGGAAAAGCAUUCUGAGGAAUCGUACAACUUGGCUUGCAUCCUUACCCUUCCUCCAUACCAAAGGAAAGGCUAUGGCAAAUUCUUAAUAGCCUUCUCCUAUGAACUCUCAAAGAAAGAGGGCAGAGUCGGGACACCAGAAAGACCCCUGUCUGAUCUAGGUUUAGUGAGUUACAGAGGUUACUGGACUCGGAUUCUCUUAGACAUCUUGAAAAAGCACAAGGGAAACAUAUCUAUCAAGGAGCUGAGCGACAUGACGGCGAUCAAAGCAGAAGAUAUAUUGAGCACCCUUCAGAGCUUGGAACUGAUACAGUACAGGAAAGGACAACACGUGAUCUGCGCGGAUCCCAAAGUACUGGACCGACAUCUAAAAGCCGCGGGCCGAGGUGGUCUUGAUGUAGAUGUUAGCAAAAUGAUUUGGACUCCUUACAAAGAGCAGAGCUAA